UUGAAUGACUCGAUUAGGGUGUUGGCUAGCAGUAGCCUUUCUGGUGGCCCUCGCUGGACUCGCAGAUGCUGGAUCCAACUGUUCAGCAGCCGACGCCACUAGAAACUGCAUCGAUGGACUUGUUAUACCUAUUUGGAGACCAUUCUUGGAUCUGACGACCGGUGACCGAGUAUUACGCGGAGUUCUCUACUUCUUCGUCAUCGCCUACAUGUUUUUGGGAAUCUCAAUUGUCGCCGACAGAUUCAUGAGCUCCAUCGAAGUGAUCACAUCAAUGGAACGAACGAUUGUAGUCAAACGACCGGGACUCGACCCGAUGGCAGUCCAAGUGCGCAUUUGGAACGAUACUGUCUCCAAUUUGACACUUAUGGCUCUCGGAUCGUCUGCUCCUGAAAUUUUGCUUUCGAUUAUUGAGGUUAUCGCCAGAGGAUUCGAAGCUGGAGACCUCGGACCGAACACCAUUGUCGGAUCAGCCGCUUUCAACUUGUUCAUGAUCAUCGCCAUCUGCGUCGUCGUCAUUCCAAAAGGAGAAAUCCGUCGUCAGAAGCAUUUGGAUGUGUUCUGUGUCACAGCCACAUGGUCCGUCUUUGCCUACGUGUGGCUCUACUUGAUCCUCGCCUUCUUCUCACCAGGAGAGAUCGAGAUCUGGGAGGGUGCGCUCACUUUCAUCUUCUUCCCACUUACCGUCUUCACAGCUUACAUGGCUGAUAUCAAGCUUAUCCAGAACAAGUUCUUGCCCCACAGAUACCGUAGAGGUUCUCACGGACAGAUGAUCGCCACUGAGGCUGAAGAAAUGAAAAUGUUGGAGAACGGAACACAGGGAGAUCCAGCUCUUAAAGCUUUUGAAGAACAUCGUCAAGAAUUCAUUGAGUUGAUGAGGGAGAUCAGAAAACAAAAUCCACAUAUUACCCCAACAGAGCUUCAGAAGCAAGCCGAAUACGAGAUGAUCAGCAGAGGACCAAAGUCCCGCGCUUUCUACCGUGUUCAGGCUACACGUAGAUUGAUCGGAGGAGGAGAUAUUGUAAAGAAGAGAAUUGACAAAGAGCACAAUAAGGCUCUUGAUGCUGCUCAAGAGAAGCAGUCGCGUGACAACACUUGCAAGAUCUUCUUGGAUCCAGCUCACUACACAGUUCUUGAGAGCGUCGGAUCUUUCGAUGUUGUCGUUGGAAGAGAUGGAGGACCAGACGGUCUCACUGUCAUGGUUGACUACUUCACUGAGGAUGGAUCUGCAAAUGCUGGAAGUGACUACAUUCCAGUGAAGGGAACUUUGACAUUCUACCCAGAAGAUAAACAUCAGAAGGUCACAAUCGAAGUUGUCGAUGAUGAUGUUUUCGAGGAGGACGAACACUUCUACCUUCGUCUGUGCAACCUUCGUGUCCGCACCAAGGAUGGAAUCAUCAUCGAUCCAACAAGAAUCGGAGGACUUCCAGUUGCUCAGCUCGAGAUGCCAAACACCGCCACCAUCAUGAUUCUCGAUGACGAUCACGCAGGAGUCUUCGGUUUCGAGCACGAUCACUUCCAGGUUGUUGAGAACUGCGGACAUUUGUCACUCCAAAUGAAGAGACACUCUGGUGCACGUGGAAAGGUCAUCAUUCCAUUCAGAACCGUCGAAGGAACUGCCUCGGCUGACAAGCACUUCGAGAUGAAGGAGGGAGAGAUCGUUUUUGAAGACAACCAGACUGAAGCUCUUGUUGAAAUUGGAAUUGUCGAUACUGAACAAUACGAACGCUCCGACUACUUCUACAUCGAGCUUUCCCCACCAAUCUGGGCCAAGAAGAUGAAUGACUUGUCGCGCAUCCAAGAGCGCUUCCAACGCCGUAUGGAACGCAAGAGAGGAUCGUCAGUUGCAUCGGAAUCCAAGGAUUCGAACACUGAGAACGCACUUGCUCCGGCCGAAAAAUCGACUCGAGCCGCCAGUGUCGACUUGCUUCAACCGUCAUCGGAUCCACGUAGAUCAUCACAAACCAACUCACCUCACCUCACCAGUCGAUUCAGGAACCGUUUAGGAUCAUGGAUCGCCGGAAUGAAAGGCGGUAACGGAGACGAUGAGGUCACAACUUCAUUGACACCAUCUCAACUUGAAAUCGCCGAGAUGGGAAAACCAAGACUCGGAGAGUUCACCAAGUGCCAGAUCACAAUCAGAGAAUCCAAGGAAUUCCAGGGAAUCGUCGACCGUAUGAUCAAGAAUGCCAACACCCGUAUCAUGCUCGGAACUCACUCGUGGAGAGAGCAAUUCAUGGAGGCUCUUGUCGUAUCCGCUGGAGAUGAUGAUGAUGAUGAGGGAGAGGAUGGUGAGGAUGGAGAAGAGAAGGAGCCAGAAGAGCCAGGAUGCAUGGAUUACGUUAUGCACGUUCUUACUGUUCCAUGGAAGCUCACUUUCGCUACCAUCCCACCAACUGACUACUUCGGAGGAUGGGCUACAUUCGUUGUCGCUAUCUUCAUGAUUGGAGUCCUUACCGCUGUUGUAGGAGAUCUUGCUUCUCAAUUCGGAUGCUGGGUUGGACUUAAGGAUGCUGUCACCGCUAUCUCAUUUGUCGCUUUGGGAACAUCUGUGCCAGAUACUUUCGCAUCGAAGGUGUCGGCCGUUCAGGACAAGUACGCUGAUAAUGCCGUCGGAAACGUCACCGGAUCCAACGCUGUCAACGUUUUCUUGGGUAUCGGAAUCGCCUGGUCGAUGGCCGCAAUCUACCAUUGGAAUCAGGGAACCAAGUUCUUGGUUGACCCAGGAAAUCUUGGAUUCUCCGUGCUCAUUUUCUGCACAGAAGCUGUUUUGUGCAUCAUCGUCUUGGUGCUCAGAAGAAAUAAGAAGGUCGGAGGAGAGUUGGGAGGACCGAUUGCAUUGAGGUGGAUGACAGCAAUGUUCUUCGCCUCGCUUUGGUUCAUGUACCUUCUUCUCUCCGCAUUGGAAGCCUACUGUAUCAUCCCUGGCUUCUAAAUCCGCGAGCAAACCAGCGUCUUCAAUUUUUUCCGAUCGCGAAGAAGAAGUGGCUGGCAAACUCGCAAAGCUCGAUGCAAAAUCUCUUCACCCCCUCAUCCCGCCAAUUCAAUCAUCAUAUCACCGCAUUUAUCAUUUGCCGGGCGUUUCUCUCAGUUUGCUCACACUCUGCGUGCAACUCUCAUUAAACAAAAACAAACUUCCUUGCAAAACACUUUCCAAACUGUUUCGCUUAUGUCUUCUUCCUCUUCCCUAUCUCCUCUUCCUCAAAAACUACAAGAAUCCCCAUUUUCUAGUCCAUUUUUCCCUUUAGUCUGUACCAUAGCAUAUUUUACAUUUAGGAUACAAUAAUUUUGUUUUUUUUUCAAAUUCAAUAAUAACUUUUACGAGUUGUCAACCCAAAACGAUUCUCUGGAAUUUCAGAAUUAGCCAGGAUUUCCGUGAGAAUUGUUUUCAUCACCCCCCCCCCCCCCCCCACCCCAAAACACUGUUUCUUUUCUGGUCGACAAAGGUGCCUAAAUCGUUUUUUCUUUUUCACUCUCCUCUUCCUUCUCCUAUUUUUCUUGUUUUUCUCACUUUGUGAUUAUAUUUUUUUUCCUGAUUUUCUUCUGUUUUAAUCUUCACUUUUUAUCCAUUUGAAGUUAUAUCAUAAGAUUAUCAAUCUUCCUCGUUGCUUUUUGCAUCAAAUCUUUCAUUUUCAGUUAUUUUUCCCCUGCUCUUGAAAUCUCUCUUCUCUCUUUAUGUUUUCAGUUUCAUUGAUGAAUCAUUUCAAAUUGUAUGAAAAUUGUACACAUUAAAAAA